GCGGUGUUUGUGUAUCUGCCAACAACAAAAGACUGUUUUUGAAACAGUUAGCGGCAUUUUCUCCAACACAGCAGCUUUGUGGACUUUUAUCACAGGCUCGGAGCGAUGACACCGCCGCUGCUAGUGUCCGUUGGAGGAAGAGGAAGAGGAAGGAGGCGAUGAUGAGGAUGAUGACAUGCAGUUAGCUGGCUGCCUGGCUGGCUGACGGACGGACCAGAGCCCGCUGAGAGUGAGACGUGUCCCCCCGAAACCCGAGCAGGAUCCGGGACGCAGAGAGGCGAAGAUGCCGCGGAGAAAACAGUCCAAUCCGCAGCCGGUCAAAUUGGAGUCGGAGGAUGGCGCGGUGGUGUGCGAUCCGAGCUGCCUGGUUUUGGAGAGCGACUUUCUGCUGAGCGGAGAGCUGGAGUUUGGAGACUCGGAGAUCAUGGGUCUGGACAGAGAGAACGGUGUGACGGUUUUCUCUCUGAGUGUGGAGGACGACUCCUCAGCACCGACAGACUCCACCUUCCCGGCGUUUCUGUCCUGUAAAGGAUGUGGUCAGCUCCUGGGGGACACACCUCUGGGAGCAGGCUUGGAUCUGGGUGUGGGCCUGGACCUGGGGGCGGAGCUUUAUUGUCUCACCUGUGAGGAAAGCUUCCAGCACGCCGCCUCCAUCGACUCCUCUCAGGUGGACGGAUCAAACCUGUCAGACAGAUCCAUCAACGGUGGCUCUGACGGGAAGCGAAGAAGCAUCGACAAGCCGAACGGCCCGGCUGACAUCCCCACUAAACUGUACUCCUGCUCGCUGUGCGCCUUCACCUCACGCUACUCCAACCACCUCAAACGCCACAUGAGGAUCCACGACGGCCAGAAGCCGUUCCGCUGCCCGGUCUGCCCCUACGCCUCGGCCCAGCUCGUCAACCUGCAGCGCCACGCCCGCACGCACACCGGGGAGAAACCGUACCGCUGCCACCAGUGCAGCUACGCCUGCAGCUCCCUCGGCAACCUGCGGAGGCACCAGCGCAUGCACACGCAGGAGCGACCGCAGAGGAGGGAGAAGGAGAAAAGACGAGGGAGACGGAAAAAAAACAAUGCUGGAACUGAAGAAGUCGUGUCGGACUUGACCCUGCGACUGUCCCAGGACUCCGGUUACCUCCAGACGUUGGGGGGCCUCGGCUCUCCCUCCGGCCCGCUCCCGGUGCUCCUGUUCCCCCUGUGCUGCCGGGUGUGCGGCCUCACCCUGGAGGAGGCCGACCUGGAGGGGGACAAGGCCGAGGGGGAGGCGGAGGGCGACGGAGGACAGGUGUGUCGUCGCUGCUCGUUGGACCUGUUGUCCAAAGACGGCUCGGGGCCUCCCUGCAGCCCAGACGGCUCUCGGGGACCUCGGCGUGGACAGCGAGGCUCCAAGCUGUACCGCUGCCCUCGCUGCCCCUUCCUGUCCCACUACCCCAACCACCUGGCCCGACACUCCCACACCCACUCCGAAGAGAAACCCCACCGCUGCCCACACUGCCCCUACACCUCGUCGCACCUCGACAACCUCAAACGCCACCUGCGCGUGCACACGGGCGAGAAGCCCUACCAGUGUCCGUCCUGCAGCUACGCCUGCGGGAACCUGGCCAACCUGCGCCGCCACGAGCGCAUCCACUCAGGCGCCAAACCGUUCCACUGCGGCAUCUGCGGCUACUCCUGCAACCAGAGCAUGAACCUGAAGAGGCACAUGCUGCGGCACACGGGCGAGAAGCCGUACGCCUGCGCCGAGUGCGGCUACACGACGGGCCACUGGGACAACUACAAACGCCACCAGAGGAAGCACGGACACAACACGGACAGCUGGGAUAAACACACGCCCAUCAACGGGCUGAGCUGGGGAAAAGCCACUCAGGAGAGCCAGAGUCAGGGACAAGAGCACAAGUAGAUACACUGCACGGGUGUGUGGGAGUGUGUGAGAGUGUGUGUGAGACAGAAACAGAGCUGCAGCGAUCAGUCCAUAGACCAACAGCUACACUGAUAAUUGAUUACUGGCCAUUUCUUUCAGCAAAGAUGCCAAAAAGUUCACUCAAGUGUGAGAAUUUGCUGCUGAUUGUCUGUUUGUAAUGUUGUAAACUGAGUGUUUUAUUUUCAGACAAAAACGUUGCAAAG